AUGAAGUUCUCUAUUCUAACUGCUGCUCUAUUAAUGGCUGGUUAUGCCACUGCCAUUCCCAUGAUCAAUCCUACGUCAUUUUCCGAUGGUACAGUUGCACCACUUUAUGCACCUAUAGAAACUGAAGCUGUACGUGGUUCUUAUAUUGUUGUCCUAAAAAAGGAUUUGUCCCCAGAACAAGUUGAAAACCAUGCUGAAUGGAUCAGUAGCAUGUCUGCUGCUAAUUCUUUUAAUAGUGGCGAUUAUCUUGAUAACCAAGGCAUUAAUCAUGUUUACGAAAUGCCCAACUUUAAAGGUUAUUCAGGUCGAUUUGAUACAAAGACUUUAGAGGCCAUUCGUCAAUCAGACGAAGUCGCUUAUGUUGAAGAAGAUUCAGUCGUUUAUGCCAGUGAAUUACAACGGGGUGCACCUUGGGGUCUUGCUCGUAUUUCCACACGUGACCGUUUGUCACUACGUAACUUUAACAAGUAUCACUAUGAUGCUAAAGCAGCUGGAGAGGGCAUCAAAGUGUAUGUGAUUGAUACCGGCAUUAACGUGAAGCAUGUGGAUUUUGAAGGAAGAGCAGUUUGGGGCAAGACGAUUCCUUUGAAUGAUGCCGAUAUCGAUGGCAAUGGUCAUGGCUCUCACUGUGCUGGUACAAUUGCAGGCAAGAAAUAUGGUGUUGCAAAGAAAGCUAUUCCUGUUGCGGUGAAGGUGUUAUCAUCUAAUGGUAGUGGCAGUAUGUCUGAUGUUGUGAAGGGUGUUGAUUGGGCCACAAAUGAAUUUUUAAAAGAUAAGGCAGCUUCUAUAAAAGCUGGUAAACCUUUCAAGGGCUCUGCUGCUAAUAUGAGUUUGGGUGGUGGUAAAUCACCUUCUCUAGACGCCACUGUCAAUGGAGCUGUCGAAGCGGGUCUUGUUUUUGCAGUAGCCGCUGGCAACGAUAACAAAGAUGCAUGUGAUUAUAGCCCUGCUCGUGCUGAAUUAGCAAUUACAGUGGGUGCUUCUACCAUUUUUGAUGAAAGAGCUUAUUUCUCCAACUAUGGUGAAUGUGUUGAUGUCUUUGCACCUGGUUUGAAUAUUGAAUCUGUUUGGAACACAAACGAUCAUGCAACAAAUACAAUUUCUGGAACUUCAAUGGCUUCACCUCAUGUUGCUGGUCUUGCUGCUUAUCUUUUGUCUUCAUCACCUGAAGGUACUACUCCCAAGGAAAUUAAGCAACAAAUCAUUGAAUUAAGUACUCGCAAUGUCUUUAAGGGACUUCCUAAUAAGACACCUAAUCUUCUUAUCUUUAAUGGUUAUGAGUCAUCAUAA